AUGGAACGUAUCAUGGCGGACAAGGAAUACGUGACGCCGGCAGAGGCUGGUGGCCAGAGGCUCCCCCGCGUUACCAUUGAGUUUUGCACGCAGUGUAAAUGGUUACUGCGCGCCGCCUAUUACGCGCAGGAGCUGCUGUCCACCUUUUCCACCUCUCUCGGCGAGGUCGCGCUGCAGCCCUCGACAGGAGGCACCUUCAUCGUCACCAUCCACCACGCAAAGACAAAGGAGCUCAAGAGGAGGGUGCGCGACGUGAUGGAGCCCGGCAGGGACUUGGGGCAUGUGGACAAAGACUAUGCGAGACCAGCACCGGUGGCGGAGAAGAUCAAGGUGGAAGAGGUGAACAAGACCGAGGACAAAAGCCAAAAUGUCACUGGCAAAGAGAAUGCUAGUCAAAACGCCUCUUCCAAAGAGUGCGAGGACUGCAAAUAG